CACGAGGAAUGUUUAAUUUUUAAUUUUGUAGUUUUUCGUUCAUUGCAUUUUUAAAAAUAAUUCUUUUGCUUAGUUUAUGUCACGUGUAAAAAUUAAAUUAGUCUAAGUAUUUUAGUGAAACAUGUCAAUACUAUCAACAAUAAAAGUCUAAUUAUUAAGUGAAUUUCAUCGUCACAUCAUUCGUCCGUUAUUGCUGACAGACUCGACAAAACUACUGAAAACCAUGACGAAACACUACCCCACGCCGUUUACACCUAAAGACUCGUCGGAAAUGUGUAUGCAGACCAGAAAGCCACUUUCGGCCUGUCAUACAGAGAACUUCGUAUUUCUACGGUUUCUUAUGCAUCUCUUUGGAUACACCGUUGACGGGCCACCGAAGCCGAAUAAUAAAAAUGUACUAAUUGAAUCAUCCGCCACGACGGACACACAGGCCGAAUUGAAUUUCUUGGAUGGUUAUCAACAUCUGUUCGAUGAAAUGUUUAUGUCCGUGUUCCAGAAUAAGAGGCGAAAAAGAGCGGUGGGCGAACAGUACGAUUUCGUGAUUGUCGGUGCCGGGUCAGCGGGCUGCGUUGUCGCCAACAGGUUGUCGGAGAUUAAAGACUGGAAGGUAUUACUACUUGAAGCCGGUAUUGAGGAACCAGAAUUUUCUUCUGUGCCAGGUCUUGCGCCUUUACAAUUGGGAAGCAAGAUUGAUUGGAAUUAUACAACACAGCCUGAUGAACACAUGUGUAGGUCUAGACCAGGAGGUAUGUGUGAUUGGGCUAGGGGUAAAGUAAUGGGCGGGUCAAGCACGAUCAACUAUAUGAUUUAUACUCGAGGAAAUAUGGAAGAUUAUAAUGAAUGGGAACGUAUGGGCAAUGACGGAUGGGGAUAUGAUGAAGUUCUACACUAUUUUAAAAAAUCCGAGGAUAAUGAAGAUCCAGAAGUUUAUAAAAAAAACCCAAAAUUUCAUGGUAAAGGUGGAUAUCUUACGGUGGAAUGGUUUCCAUAUGUAGACCCUACAGCGGUAUCUUUAAUUAAGGCAUGGCAAGAGAAAGGUUUGCCUUAUGUAGAUGUAAAUGCCGAAAAUCAAAUAGGUGUAACUCAUUUACAAUCGACGGCUAGGCACGGCGAACGAAUGAGCACCAAUAAAGCGUUCAUAAGACCGAUUAGGAAAAAACGGAAAAACCUAACUGUUCUAACAGACGCACACGUCACUAGGGUAUUGAUCGAAAAGAAACGUGCUAUUGGGGUGGAGUUUUUGUAUAAGAAUAAAAUGAGAACAGUAUUCGCGAAAAAAGAAGUGAUUCUGAGUGCCGGCAGUCUAAACUCACCAAAAAUACUAAUGCUUUCCGGGAUCGGACCCAAAAGACACUUGGAGAAGAUGAACAUUAAAGUGGUGAAGAAUUUGCCUGUCGGUAAGAAUCUACAGGAUCAUGUCACGAGCGACGGUAUUGUAAUACGUGUAAAAAAAACCGCCACUGACAAACCACUCGAGGAGAAAAAGGAAGACGCUAUUUUGUAUAAAAAAAAACGAAAAGGUCCUUUGGCGGCCACUGGCCCAUUACAAUGUGGUGUAUUCCUUCAGACAAAAUAUGAAGAUACACCGGAUCUCCCGGACAUAAAUUAUGCAUUUGAUAAUAGUAACGAGAAAGAUUGGAUUCUCGACCCCGCAAAUGCCACAAAAUUCGCUAUGUCUCCUGUUUCUUAUUACGAAGCGAUUAAUGUAAGACCGAUAUUGUUGAAGCCAAAAAGUAGAGGGUAUAUAUUACUCAACCAUACUCAUCCAAUAUGGGGUCAACCACUGAUUUAUCCACGUUUCUUUACUAAAGGGAACGAUCUCGAAAUACUUGUUGAAGGUAUGAAAAUCGGAGCGAACUUGGUGAACACGGAGUCAAUGCGUAAAGCAGGUGCCAUGUUAGUCGACGUGCCGGCAAAGGCUUGCAAGAAAUAUAAGUUCGGCUCGGACGAGUACUGGGCGUGUGUGGCCACCGAGUACACGGCCACCAUAUACCAUCCGGUUGGCACGUGCAAAAUGGGACCGGAACAAGACGAUGACGCCGUCGUCGACCCGGAACUGCGCGUGCACGGGGUCGCAGGUCUCAGGGUGGUAGACGCUUCCAUCAUGCCCACUAUCGUCCGGGGAAACACAAAUGCGCCGACCAUAAUGAUUGCGGAAAAGGCGUCGGACAUGAUCAAGGAUAAAUGGCAUCAGCAUCACGACAACGGAGCUGUAGUCGACGAAUAACGAGAUGCGUGGUAUCUUAUUAUUAUAAUAAUAUCUUAUAUGGCAUUAUUGUCUUCGACGGCGAGCCUCAUGGCUGUCGACUCCAAAAAGUAGUCAUUUUCUAUUUUGGAUUACUUUUGAGAGGACGAUACCCGUGCAUGUGUUGACUCUGGUUUACAAACGUUUGUGGAAUUGCAAAUUUCCGUUCAUCAGAAUUGGUUGUGCGUAAUUAGCUUAAAAUAUCGAAAGAACUAAAAACGAACAUUCGUUCUUAUAUUAAAACUAACAUUUCCGAUGAACAAACAUGUGCUACGCUAUACGUUUGUAAGACCGAGACAACACGUACAUGGUUGACGUUAUAUAGUUAAGAGGACUCCGCACACCCGCCACUUAAAAGGGUUUGAUAUAGGCAGUUUUUAUGCAAUUUGAGAAGAAUUAAAAUAUUCUGUUUAAUCUUAAAUAUAUUUAGAUACUAAUUAAAAGUAUUUUAAAAGUGGUCCCAUGUCAGUUUUAACAACGGCUGUUGAUUAUUGCGUAAUAAUAUUGUAUUAUAAAGAAAAACGGUUUCGCACAGGACAAGCUUACGAGUAAGUACAUUAUUUACAGUAGAUAUAACCGAAUUUUCAUACUACUUAGUGUUUUUAUUUUAUUGAUACCAAAACACGAUAAUUUUUAAUAAACAUAAAGAAACACUAAUUAAUCUGUACGAAUAAAUGAGUACUAUUGUUUUUAAGCUAGCCAAAAAAAAAAAAAAAAUAUUAAUAAUAACGAUUCGACAUAUUAUGUAAAUGUCUUCUGUAUGUUAAGUAAAAAUUUGAUUAGACUAAUGUAAAUACGGACUUUAGAUAUUAGUCUGUUCCGUGCAAAACCAUGUUCAUAGGUAAAUUACAAGUGAUGUGGCAUCUUCUUAAGAGUGAUCUCUGUCUGACCAUUCUGCAAGAUUUAUCUAUCACACAAGCACAUUAACGGGAAGGGAUAUCGAUAGGAUUUUUUGUUUUUGGUAAAAAUUGCAUAAAUAGGACGACAAAUAAAUAAAACAAAAUACAGAGAAGAUGUAACUAUAUUUAAAUGUCUGAAAAUACUCAUAUAUUAUAUUAUAGUUUUGGGACUUAUGUUGUACAGUGCACUAAAUUAAAUUUAAGUAUGGUAAUUAUAAAGUUUAGUGAAAAUAUUUGAUAAUUAAUACGGGUAAUAAGUAAAAACGUAUGCACUAAAUCCGUGUUUUUAUAUUAUCAUAGUUUUUAUGUUUAAAUUGUUUUAUUAUACAUUUAUACGUAAAAUAAUUUAUUACUGAAUACAAUUUAAAACUAACAAUACGAAGUUUCUGUAAAAGAUUUAAAGAUAAAAAUGUGCAUUUUAUCAACAUGCAGUUGUUAGUUGAAUAAUAUGAUACUAUUAUUAGGUAUACAAGUUACGUAGUUUUUCUUUUUAAUUUCAUCGUGACCGUAAUAAUAAGUAGGUAUUGCAAUAUAUUAUACAUGAUUCGUGAUGAAGCAGAAAUCGUUUAAUUUAAUGCAAACUGCAGAAAAUAAUAGAAACAGGUCAAAACAGCAUGUAUUUAUUUAUACUUUACUGGCUAGUUCGGUUUAAAUUAAAAAAUAAUAUAGUAAUAUGAAAAUAUUAUAGAAAUUCAUUAGAAAUAUAGAAAAUUCAAAGUCUUAGUAAACUGUACGGAAAUACGUAUUAUGUAUACGAGUAAUAUAAUAAAUGUUAGAUUGAUUAUAAAAUGAAAAAAAAACAUAAGGGUUGUUAAAAUAAUUCGACUAUAAUAUUUUUUAUAGUUUAUGUAAAUUAAAUCAUGACACGUAUUGACUACAUUAAAAAAAUCUACCCUCUAACUUAUUAACAUUUAAAGAAAUAGUUUUGGCAUUAGCUUGCAUAUUCGGCAGUUGUUUCUAGUAUUUCGUAACUAACUUAACCUGCAUUUCUUAUACUAAAUAAAUAUAAAUAUUAAUAAAUACAAUAUUAUAAAAUUUUAAUUUAAAUAUUGUAUAUUUUAAAUCAAUAAACCGAAAUACGUUGAUUGCAUUUACGCGCUACAUUAUUUUUAAAACCAAUCCAGGUUAUGUUAAAUUAGGUUACCAAUCUGUUAAAAUUAUUUUUUAUUCGUCCUAUAUCUUCUAAAGUAGGUACUAUCUAGUCAUUUUAAUAUUCAACAGACGUAUGUUUAACAUGAUAGCAUUAUACUUUAAAUACCAAUUAGAGUCUUACAUAAUAAAAAUACUAGGUAUGUCAGUAUGUGUUUUAUUUAUAUUAUUAAUUAAAAAUAAGCAAUAUAGUUAUUUCUCAUAGCUUUUUCCCCCAAUUUUAUUUUUCUAUUAAAUAUAUGAAUAUAUGAUAAUUUAAUUGAACAGGCAAUGAGUAUUGAGUAUCUUCUAAAGUGCAUUUGAUGUUUUACAAUAUAUUUUCAAUGUGUAAUUACAAUUCUAUAUUAUAUUAUGCUAACAUAAUAAGAUUAUGGUCAUGAAUUCGGGAUAUUAGUAUAACCUAAAGAAUACAAAAUUUAAAUUUUUAAUUUACAAAUAUAUUUUAUCUAUUACUCAUUAAUUAUACAUCAAUAUAAAUUUAACUUGAACAUAUACAAUUUUCUACUUUUACAUUAUACAACAUUGUGCAAACAUAAAAUGGCUAAAACCGGAUCCUCGUAAUAAGGUGCCUAAAUAUUAUGAUAUUAUACAUUUUAUAUAACUAUAAGUGUACACGUUAUUAGAUACCAAUUUAAUUAUUUUAAAUUUUAAUCUUUUAUUUGUAUUCAUAUUAUCGUAUUCAGUAACCAUAUUAAUAUUAAUACAUAUUUUAAUUUUUUAAUUUUUAAUUUGGAUUAUUUACAAUUCUACCUCAGAAAAAAAUCAUAAAAUAGAGUUAUUUGUAUUACUAGUACGUACCUAUGUCUGAAAUAGAAAAUAGGUAAUCUAUGUGGUGAUAAUAAUUUAAACUUAGAAAAAUAUAAUUAGUUUAAUAAUAUUGAUGAAACAAAAUAAUAUCUAUCAUUUUAAAAUCAGCAGAAUACGUCAUAUUUAAUAAUAAUAAAUGUAUUAUACAUU